UGGCGACGCCGGGUCGGAGCGGGAGUGAGAGAAGAUUAUAACCCACCCCACCUCUCAUCGUAACUUUCAGUCUUACCCUCCUUCUUCUCUUCACGAGUACUUCGUCCUCCAUUCUCUUCUUCCUAUUUGUGGUAGCCAGGUGUGCAAGCUUAAUACCCUGUCCUGGGGACCGCCUAGCUCCGAAAUCCAUUUUCUUAUUAUUAUUCGUCUUUCCCAUCCAACCUCGUCACCUCGACCAGCGCUACGCUGUCAACCGCCCUCGGAUAUUCUUAGUCACUUGUCCUGUGUCAUCUCUCUUGCCAACAACUCUAGACACCAUUUGCGAUGCCAGUCCAACUACUACCGGCUUCUGCCGCGGCCUUUGCGCCGAGAGCAUCAUCAGUCAACGUCGUCCUGGGCUCAAAGGUUGAACCGUGGUUAACACAAACAUUGAAGCGUGUCAACAAGGUGAAGCGCCCACUCAACAGUGUACCGCAGCACCAAAAAUGCCUGACCGAGACCCUAUCCUCGCCAAAUGCUCUCUGGACCCUGACGUCAAUCAUGCUACCAAAGGCACCUGAGUCCGAGUUGCGCACAGACUCCAAUCCACUGGUAGAGGCACUAUUCAACUAUCAACUGCUCCACAUCGAAGCCUAUAUCGUUCAUGUGGAUAUGGUUCUGCGAAAUGAGGUUGCCUUCAAGCUGACGCCAGAUUCCAUCGAGGCUCUGAUUGAGUACCACAAGGAUGUCCAUUGUGUCGACGCCAAAGCCGGCACAUAUGACUGGUCGGAAAAGGACCAGCAAGCAAAGAAGAUGCAUGAGGAUUUUAUCCAGGCUAUCAACCGCUUCGUCUUCCGAACACACGUCUCUGCUCUCGAGGGACUAGAAGAAGAAGGUACCGGCGAGUUGCUAUGUGGAAAGAGUGAAGAAGUCAAGAACAACAUCAUGAUAUUGAUGAAGCCGCUACUCCCGCCUCCCCCGAGAAUUGUCGAUGUUGUGCGCCAGCCUCCUCUGCUUCCCAGCUCACCGGCAGGAAGUAUCUGGUCACAAAACACGCCAUCGCCCGCCGCUGUCUCCGGCCCUGUUGAUUCCUGGCGGGUACUCCCUUCGAGCCCAAGUGUCACAUCGACAUCUUCCGACUCCACGCCGAUAUGGGCUAACAUGGCGAUGACCGAGGUACAGAUUCCUUCGCCGACCCAGCCAUACAGCCAACCAUUUUCCUCUGCUGGGUACUUCUAUAGCUCGCCAAUGGUAGCUGCCCCUAUUCCUGCGUUGCCGUUACCUAGUAUGUUGACAUCACAAUGUGGUAUUGGCGCUGGUUUCGGUGGCUUUGGUUGGGAUCGUUACCACGAGUAUGCCACGACCAUGUGACAACAACCGUCAGAACGGGAUCACAGUCCCCGAUAAUCACAUCUCCUGAGGACCAAUGAGUUACAGCUCACGGUCUCA